AUGCGCUUUAUCGCAAUUGCAGCUCUUCUUGCUUCUAGCCUUCUUCUUGUGGAGGGAACUUCAAUUCGUGAUAAACGUCAAUCCUGUGGCUGUGCUCCAAAAAUUCAACCAAGUUGUUCAUGUCAACGAACCACUUACACUCAACCACAACAGUACAGUUGUUCCUGUCAGAACACUGCUCCAGUCCAGACAUCCUGCUCAUGUGCCCAACCAGUUCAGCAACUAACUUACCAAGUGCAAGCCACCCAAUGUGCUCCAGCUUGUCAGCAGUCAUGCCAGCGUCAAUGUCAAUCAGCUCCAUCUGUCAGUAAUUGUCAAUCUUCAUGCCAACAAACUUGUCAGACUUCUUCCUGUUAUACUCCAGUUGCUCCAGCUCCAGUUCAAUGUCAACCAUCAUGCAUGCCAGCCUGUGAACAAUCCUGUGUUGCUCCAGCUCCACAAGUCAUCAGUCUUAACUUGGAGGUAGUUCCACAGUGUCAACAACAGUGUGCUCCUCAAUGCCAACAGCCAUCAGCUCCACAGUGCCAGCAGUGCCAGAAUACUUGCCAGCAGUAUGCUCCAGUUUGCCAGCAACAGUGUACUCCACAAUGCACACUUCCAUCUGCACCAGCUUGCCAACAAUGUCAAACUUCGUGCCAACAGACUCAACAGUGCCAACAACAAUGUAUUCCACAAUGUCAGCAACCAGCUGCUCCACAAUGUCAGCAAUGCCAAUCAGCAUGCCAAUCUCCAGUUGUUGCUCCACAAAUUGUGACUGUCAUCCUAGAACCUUCAGUGUCUCAAUCUGCUCAAUGUGUUCCACAAUGCCAACAAUCAUGCCAACAACAAUGCAUUCAACAACAACAACCAAUGCAGCAAUGUGCUCCAGCAUGCACCCAAUCAUGCUAUCAAUCGUGCUCUACUGCUCAACCAGUCCAGAUGCCAUGCCUCACUCAAUCAGUCAACUCCUGCUCUUGCCAGCAAAACUAUUCUCCAUGUGGAAAUGGACAAUGUUGCAUGAGAAAAUAA